CAUUCUCAGUGGUGCUCAUGGCUAUUGUGGACAGCAGCUGCAAGUACGUCCUCAUUGACGUGGGUGCAGAGGGUCGCCUCAGCGAUGGUGGCACAUUUAAAAAUGCGGAAUUUGGACAAGCCCUCACCCAUGAAACAAUGGACAUCCCAUUAGUGAGUCAGCUUCCUGGGACCCAAACAGAUGCCCCAUGCGCUUUUGUGGGUGAUGAGGCGUUUCAGCUGCGGAAGGAUUUUCUCCGCCCAUAUCCAGCUAGGCAGCUGAAUGAUGAAAGGCGGGUGUUCAACUACAGGCUGAGUCGGGCACGGCGCUGUGUCGAGAAUGCAUUCGGCAUUACAGCAGCCAGAUGGCGAAUUUUGCUGCGGACAAUCUGUCUGUACCCGGACAAUGUGGACAAUGUGAUCAAUGCUGCGUGUGUUUUACACAAUUUUCUGUCUACACACAACUCGGAGACCCACAAGUUCGCCGACACCGAGGACAGCUCCGGGAAUGUAGUGCCAGGGCAGUGGCGCCAAAGUGUAGAGGCAGCAUCAGGGGACAGCUCGGACCCACACUUCUUCCCACUUAAGGCAACGCGCUCUAGGAGCUACUCCAAGGAUGCUGCAGCUGCCAGGGACCUAUUUGCCGAAUACUUUUGUGGCAUUGCUGGGGAGGUUCCUUGGCAGUGGAAACUCCCUGGGGUGUCCAAAGAGGCAGCUCUCAAGAGUCUGCUGGAGCGGGCACAUCCAGCAAUUCACUGAUGGCUCCUGGCUGACAAAGCUGGAGAUCGCAUUGGCUGGCCUUGCUGUUGGUGUUGCUGUCGACGGUGAAGUUGAUGGUGUUGAUGUUGAUGGUGUCACAGGUGUCGAACUGGCAUCCGGCGACGCAGCUUGCGGUACAGUUUCUGACUGGGUUAUUUCGCAAAUGUCCGACACAGUGUCAACAUCAGUUUCAAAAGAGG